UUUCAGUCUAAAGACUUUUCCAGUUUUCCACUAGAGAUGGUAACCAUUCGUUUUAAGCAGUUACAGUACUGAAACUGAUCUCACAGCUGUGUAAUUCAAGGAAAAAAAACCAAAAAAGAAGAAGAAGAGGAAAGUGUUCAUCAGUUGUUUGUUGCAAUACCCAAGAGCUUAAAGUUGAGCUCAUACACCUCGUGUUUUUCCCUUUUGGCAAAGUUUCUGAAGAUCAGAAAUCUUCUGAAGACUUGAUCGGAAGAACGUUUAAUGCCUAAUGUCAGUAGCAAGUAGCUAAUCAAGGGGCUAUGAGAAAACAAGCUAUUGAGAUUUAGAGAACCUACAUGCUACUAUCAUGUAACUUGUUCUCAUCUCAGCUUUGUCUGCAUCUCAGCUCCUCCUUCUUCACCUCCUUUGGUCGUCAGAACACAGCUGCGGAGAGACCUAUAUGACACAGAAUCCCAAGCAGAUGGAGAUCUCCAUUCCCAUGUGUGUUCCCAAGCCAUGCAUCCAAGAAGGAGAUGAUGAAAUAUGAGAAAUUGCUUUUAAUCUCUGAUGGCUUCCAUGAAGAUCCAAACAGCUUCGGCUUCAUCUUCAUCUUCUUCACCUUCUUCAAGCCCUGAAUGGCAAUAUGAUGUGUUCUUAAGUUUUAGAGGUCAAGACACCCGCAAAAGCUUCACGGAUCAUCUGUAUGCUAGUUUAAACCAGAAAGGAAUAAUUGCCUUCAGAGAUGAUCCAAGCCUUAAGAGAGGGAAAGAAAUUGAGCCAGAAAUUAUGAAAGCAAUUGAAGAAUCAAGAUUUUCAAUUGUUAUUUUCUCUAGAAAUUAUGCUUCAUCAAGCUGGUGUUUGGAUGAACUUGUCCAGAUUCAUGAGUGCAUGAACACUAAGGGACAAAUCAUUUUCCCAAUAUUCUACAAUGUUGAUCCUUCUGAUGUACAGGAACAAACAGGGUAUUUUGAGAAAGCUUUUGCUAAGCAUGAGGAAGAUUAUGGGCAGAAUGCAGAGAAGGUUAACAAGUGGAGGACUGCUGUCACAAAGAUCUCCAAUCUAUCUGGAUGGGAUUCAAAUAACAGGCAUGAAACUGAAUUGAUCCGAGAUAUUGUUGAAGAGAUAUUUGCCAGAUUGGAUCAUGCAUUAUCAGCCCCAGCUAAGAAUCUUAUUGGGAUAGAUUAUCAUGUGGAGGAACUGAAUUCAUGCUUGGCUAUGUGGUCUGAAGAUGUUCGUAUCGUAGGCAUCCAUGGUAUGGGUGGGAUUGGAAAGACAACUCUUGCUAGAGUAAUAUUUGAUAGGUUAUCUAAUCAAUUUGAAUCUAGCAGCUUUCUUGCCAAUGUUAGGGAGGUUUCUAGAAGAAAUGGUCUACUUGUUCUACAAAAUCAGCUUCUUUGUGAAAUCUUGAAGGCACAGGAUAUUAAAGUAUGGGAUAUUGGCAGAGGAAGCAAUAUGAUAAGGAACAGACUUAGUCGUAAACGGGUUCUUGUUGUUCUUGAUGAUGUGGAUAAACUAGACCAAUUAGAAACUUUAGUUGGAAAGCAUAAUUGGUUUGGCUCAGGAAGUAGAAUCAUAAUUACUACUAGAGAUGUACAUUUGCUAGCCGGUUUUGAUGUAGAUGCAAUGUAUAAGAUGGAAGUAUUAGAUCAUGAUUAUGCUCUUAAACUAUUUAGUUCCAAAGCUUUUAAGAGUGACAAUCCGGCGGAAGGUUUCAUAGAUCUGUGCAAUGAAGCUUUGAGAUACGCUAAAGGAGUUCCUCUGGCCCUUGAAGUUCUUGGUAGUUUUUUGUAUGGUAAAACUCUAGAUGAAUGGAUAAGUGCAUUGGAAAGACUAAAAGAAGAUUCUGAAGAGGAAAUUUUGGAUAGUCUUGAAAUAAGUUUCAAUGGACUAAAACCAACGGAAAAGAAGAUAUUUCUUGAUGUUGCAUGCUUUUUCAAAGGGAUGGAUAAACAUUAUGUAAUGAAUUUGCUUGACAGUUUUGGAUUCUAUGCAGCUAUUGGUAUUCGUGUUCUCAUUGAUAAAUCUCUAUUAACUAUUGUUGAGAAUAAUAGAUUGUGGAUGCAUGAUUUAUUGCAAGAAAUGGGUCAAAAGAUUGUCUGUAAAGAAUCACCUGAUGAGCCUGGAAAACGCAGUAGGUUAUGGGAUGAUGAGGAUGUCUAUCAUGUGUUAACUGAAAACUCAGGAACUGCAGCAGUUGAAAUGAUGACUUUCAACUUAUUAAGACAAAAAGAGGUAAACUUGAGUGCAAAAGCCUUCUCACAGAUGAAGAAACUAAGACUCCUCAAAAUCUCAAACGUGCAACUUUCCAAAGGCUUAGAAUUCCUUUCUAAUGAGUUAAGACUUCUUGAAUGGCAUGGAUACCCUUUGAAAUCUCUGCCAUUGUGCUUCAAUCCAGAAAAACUUGUUGAACUGAACAUGCCCUAUAGCUGUAUCAAACAUCUAUGGAAUGACAACAUAACUUUAUAUAUGUUAAAGUUUGUUAAUCUCAGCCAUUCUCAAGCUCUACGAAGAAUCCCUGAUCUCAGUGGACUGCCGAACCUUGAGAAACUAGUUCUUGAAGGUUGUACAAGUUUAUUAGAAGUUCACCCAUCAAUUUGGCUUCUCAGACGGCUGAUCCUCGUGAAUGUGAAAGACUGCAUUUGCCUUCAGACGCUUCCAAUCAGCAUUGAAAUGCCAUGUUUGCAAGUUCUUAUUUUCUCUGGCUGCUUUAAAUUGAAGAAGUUCCCUGAAAUUAAAGGAAACAUGAACAAAUUAUCAGAGCUAUAUCUAGAUGGGACUGCUAUUCAAGAACUACCAUUGUCAAUCCGACGUCUCAGUGGCCUUGUCCUUUUGAGUCUGAAAAAUUGCAAAAACAUUCUCAGUCUUCCAAGCAGCAUUUGUCAUUUCAUUUCUCUUAAAACUCUCAACAUUUCUGGCUGCUCAACACUUGAUAAAUUGCCUGAGAAGUUGGGAAAUGUGGAAAGCUUGGAGGAACUUGAUAUCAGUGGGACUGCCAUUAGACAACUGCCACCUUCCAUUGUAUUCUUGAAAAAUCUCAAGACUUUAUCUUUUCAUGGAUGUGGAGUGCAACCUCGUCAACCAUGGAGUUCUCUUUUCAGGUACUUGAUGCUUCCUAGAAAAAGUGCAGAUUCUGUGUCUUUGUUGUUGCCUCCCUUAUCAAGUUUGCGAUCCUUGACAUUUCUAAAUCUAAGCAAUUGCAAUCUACUGGAAGGAGCAAUUCCAGGUGAUAUUGGUCAUUUAUCUUCAUUAAAGAAAUUGGAUUUAAGUGAUAAUGAACUUGUUAGACUACCUGAGAGCAUCAGUCAACUUUCAAGUCUUGAAGCCCUUCACUUGGAAGGUUGCAGCAGGCUUCAAAAACUUCCAAAACUCCCUGCAAAAGUAGAAUUUGUAGGAGCAGAUGAUUGCAUUGAACUGGAAAGUUUCCCAAAUCCUGUAGAGCUAAGCACUUCGGAGCUUUCAAGAUUCAAUCUUUUUAAUUGUCAUAGAUUGGUUGAUCAUCACAAUGACAGUAGUUGGGCAUGGACAUGGCUGAAAACAUAUCUUAAGGGACUUCCUCGUCCAACCAAUGGUUUCGAUGUUUGUCUUCCUGGAAGUGAAAUUCCAGAAUGGUUCAAAAAUCAAAGCAUGGGACCUUCAGUAAGUAUAGAUCUUCUCCCACACUGGAAUGAUAAUGACCUGAUGGGAUUUGCUAUGUGUGCUGUCUUUAGACUUCGUCGUCCCGUUUCUUCCAAUUAUCUAGAUAAAUACAGAAGAUCUGAGUAUGAUAGGCCAAAAAAUGUGGUACUAGCUUGUUUCUUCAUGAAUGAUGACGAUGAGUUCCUCUUCCAUAAUCAUGCAAGUGCAUGGUUCCCUUCAUGUAGCUUGGUAAAAAACUGUGCACAGAUUGGUUCAGAUCACCUUUGGCUACUAUAUAGAAGUUCACAACUUGACAGGGAUUCAUUGAAAGAGCUUAAGCGUAUUAAGGUUUCAUUCUGGAGCCAACCACGGUCUGAUUGGGACUUGGAGAUUAGGAAGAGCGCAGCCCGCCUUGUAUAUGCACAAGACUUGGAAGAGUUGCACCAAACAAUCAUCAGCAAUUCUUCAAUUGAGGAUAUGGAUAUCUUCUGUAAUAAUCCUGAUGAGCCAGAAUCUGUUGGAAGCAGAAGCUUUACUGAAGAACGACCGCCAAAAAGAUUCAGAAAGAUUUGAAUUUUUUGUAUUUAGUUUUAAAUAAUGGAGGAAAUUUCCAUACACAAUCCUUAUCGACCAUGCAUGUUAUCAAGAAUACUGGGAAUUGUUGUCUGCUUUGUCAUUAUUUAUUGAAUGGGUAUUGCUCAUUUUUCCAAAAUUAAA